AUGAGAAAUCCUGCUCCUCUUCUCCUCCUCGUCUUCUUCUUCUUGGCUGCCGGCGGGCUUCCCGGUGGCGCCGCCGCACAGCGGGGGCCGUUGGUUGGCGGCUACGCGAAGAUCAAGGACGUGAAGGAUCCCCACAUCAAGGAGAUCGGGAAGUACGCGGUGUCGGAGAACAACAAGCAGACCGGAGGAAACCUGGCGUUCGUCCGCGUGGUCAGCGGCAGGCAGCAGGUGGUGGCGGGGAUGAACUACGACCUCGUCAUCGAGGCCACCGAUGGCGCCGCCAGGGGGAGGUACGAGGCAGUUGUGUACGAGCGGGCCUGGGAGAAUUACAGGAGCCUCACCUCCUUCAAGCGCAAGACCUGA